AUGUCGAGCGACACGGGGCCCCGCAAGCGCAAGAAGUCGGCCACCGGCGAAGACAAUUUGGAAAACUCCCCUGGUCACCACCGUCAGGGUCCUCCUCAGGCCAAAUCCACCAAGCUCAGAAGAUCCUCGUCGAGCUCAGGCACCACCAGCGUCGUAGGAAUCUCGCGCUCCAUAGCCGCGUGCCAGCGCUGCCGUACAAAGAAAGUCAAGUGUGACCAAAACUUCCCCAAAUGCUCCAAAUGUGAGCGUGCCAACCUCGAGUGUGUGGGAAUCGACCCUGCUACCGGCAGAGAGGUGCCCAGGCUGUAUGUGUACCAUUUGGAGGAAAAGGUGCAGCGGUACGAGGCGUACCUACGGCGGCACAAAUUGCCACUCGACGGAGAAGGCGAGGAAAAUGCAGAGGAGCCAAAUGAGGCCAACGUGGACUUGGAUCAGCUUGGGCUGCUUGAACGGCUGGCGCUGUCGCAAGAUUCCCAGCUGACGCUGCCUCAGCAAAGUCUGGGCCAGAUGGGUCUCACUUUCGCCAAACUCAUGCUUACUGCCAACAAGGUCAAUGGAGCGUCUGUAGCUGGACCAGGGGACCUGAUGGCGCUGGUGCCGCUGGACGUCAAGCCGGCGAUCUUGCCGCCCAAGAAGACGGCCAUGGAAUUUAUUCUGAUUUUUUUCGCUCAGAGCAACAGCCAGUUGCCUGUGCUUCACCGGGAGCUGUUUCUCAGAGACAUCUUUGUUCCUGUUUACGGUGCGUUCGACGAGUCUGUGCUGCUAGCGCUGGAUUAUCUGGCCUUUAACAAGAGCUUGUAUCAGGAUACAGCUGUAGACGAGGGCCAGACUUGGCUUGCUCAGUAUAAGCAGAUCAUGCAGCUGCAAUUGGCAAAAGAAGCCCACAAGGACCCGUCGCAGAUCUCUGAGGAGAUUGUAACACCGCUGCACUACCGCAAACCGUUGUUUUUCUUAAACAUCAUUUUUGCCAUUUCCUCCUCGACAAACCACUUGCAGUACCACACCCACAUGAGCGAGCUGUUCAAGGAAGCGGCCAUGAGACAUGUGGAUGCCACGUACUAUUCGAACGACCCUCUUGAGCAGCUCGAGGCCACGCUUCUCCAGACGCUCUAUGCGGUCAUGAGACCCAGUGUUCCAGGCGUAUGGUACCUCUUGGGCACGGCUCUUCGCUUGUGCGUGGACUUGGGGCUCCACAAAGAAGAGUACCCAAAGGCACAUACCCUCACUGCUUUUGCAAAGGAUAGACGAAGACGCCUAUUUUGGUCAACGUACUCGAUCGACAGGCAGAUGUGUUUUUACUUGGGCAGGCCCGUAGGUAUUCCGGAGGAAAGCAUAACCGCAAGGUUUCCCUCUGAGUUGGACGACGCCUUCAUCGAUCCAAGAGACGUGGAAACCAAAGAUUAUUCAGACAACACGGGCGGUGUGGCCAGCUAUAAAGCCAUCACACUUUCCUUUUUCAAAGUUCGUCAGAUUCAACUGGAGUGUCAGCGCCUUUUGUACGAGAACGGAGAACUACCUCGAAGAUUCAACAAUUUGGCCGAGUGGAAGGCCCACAUCUCAGAAGAACUUGAACUUUGGCGGUCCCGGUGCCCGAAGAAAUCACGGAAGAUGAACUGUGAGUUCAAUACGGAGUUCUUUGACCUUAAUUAUUUCCACACCCUCCUUCUUAUCAAUGGACUUUCGAAAAAGACAUUCCAACUAUCGCUCGAGGCGUCCCAAAAAGUGCUUGAAGCUCUGAAGGGAUUGAUAGCUUGCUACACGACGCUUUACAAAAAGAAAGCCAUUAACUACACUUGGGCAGCCGUGCACAACUUGUUUAUGGCUGGAACGUCAUAUUUAUUUGUCUUGUACAAUUCUGAGCAUGUCAGAAACCAGAACGACGCCAAUCUGGUCAAAAUGGUUACCCAAGAGUGUCUCCUGGUGUUUGCGCUGCUUGUGGCCUCUUGCACGGCGGCCAAAUCGUGUAUGGACACGUUCCAGAUGCUUGCUGCUGUGGUGCUUAAAAUUAGGUAUAAUGUGAUCGUGGAGGGAGCAGUGGUGAACGACAAAAGUAUCAAGCAGAAACUCGAUACAGUGAACGGAACAGGUAGUCUCAAGGGCAAUUUGGCUAGUCUAGUUGAAGGAAUUGCCAACGAUAGCGAGUCGUCCAAACCAGAAGAGUUCCCACACAUCGAUCUGCCACGAUUUGGCUGGUUCUCUCGAGACGGUUUCUUGCCUGACGAACGAAUUGACAGCACCAAGUAUGACCAGGUUCCUCCUACACCGAUGAUGCCGGAGUCUCAUCUUGAGGACUUCUUCUUGGAGCUUGAGAAUUUGUCUCCCGUGCUGUCCAUCCGUGAACCCAACGCCAUGGACCUUACUGUCUCACAGAAUGAGGAAAUCCAGACCACACCAGGCCAGUAUAGAGACGGCAAGCGCGUGUUUGAGCUUAUACAAACGAUGCCUUCCGAGGCGAUCUGGGACCAGUUCUUUGGCCGCCUGACCGCAGGCACCGUCAAGCAAGAGCUGCAAACACCUUGA